AUGGCCGAACAGAAAGUGUGCCAUAAAAAGAUGACGCAGUUCGCCGCGCAGAGCAUGGUAUCAAGCCUCAGCUCGCCACCACGCGUUCUCCGUGUCAUCCAACUGUUGCUGCUGCAAAUUACACUUGUGACUUUUGCUGUUGAUGCACAGGUAGAACCGCGACGAUUGCUGCGGCAAGCUCGGAAACCGUUUGAAGCGCACUUGCGUGGGCAGAAUCGCUUUUACCCCCAUUUGGAGAGGCGGAACCCUCCGAGGGGACAGCAACGCUACGUGCCGCCCCGUAAUCAGCAGAUCCUCAGACAUGGGCAGUUCUCGCCGGAUGAUGGUGCCAUGCAUUUCAAACCUCCCGCUAACCGUGUCCAGUCACCCUACAAUUUCGUGAAGGCAGGUCAAGCACCUACGUCAACUCCCUACCGGGUGUACGUUCCGCUCAAGGAGCGUCGCGGACUUGCUGUGCCUGUGAAUAGCCGAGAGGAAGACAAGCUUAUCAACAAACGGGAUGGGCUACGUACAUUUCGAAAGGAACGAAACGUCCCUACAUCUGCAUCUUCACAGCCUAAGGAAGAGUGGGCUGAUCCACAGAUGAUACGUCCUCUUGAUGCUAAGGUGCUGAACGAAGGCAAGCAAUUCAUCGCUCGAGCCGUUAUGGCUGUUCAAGGAAAAGGUGUUUCUCCGUCUUUCCUUACGCUGCAAACACUCUCCCAACAUGCAGGGGGAGAUGAAAAACGCAACCAUCUCCACAGAAGGUAUGAAGAAGCCGAAGGGGAAUCCGACGAGAGCGUUAUUUGGGACACAGCAGCUCUGAUACAGUGGAUGAAACCCAGUCGAUCCUAUAAUAUUCGUGCCACGGAUGCCCUUGGCAUAAAAAAUGCAUCAGGUGCCCAGCAAGAAUCUAGUUGGCCACUGAGUACUUCGUCAUUCCUAGAAAUAGCUCGCAAGUUCAACAACUGGACUCGUGCCUCUGGCUUUCUCAACACCGUCAGGCGGUUCUGGCCUUCUGGCACGGUAGCCAAAGUCGCUGACGAUGCAGGUUUAAAGCACAACAUAAUCUGGCACAAGCUUUUGGGAGUAGGAGGCAUUGGUGGUGUGCUGCUCCUUGAAGACAAGGAUGAGCCGGUUGGAAGCCCCCUUAAGAAAUUCGCAGGAAAAAUUCUGUAUCAAUUAAGCGACCCAUCCAUGAACCUGAGUCAGUCGAAAGAAUAUUUCUACCAGGCACGCAACGAGGAGAUCGGAGUAGCAUCACUGUUUAAGCAUGCGGCCCUGAGUUUGCAUGACUGCCCAGUGACUGCUACUGAUAGGAUGCAGUUUCUUUUCCAGAGGGGCUUUGUACUCCCGCAAAAAGCGUUCUGGUUUGAAGGCACUACACAGAUACCACGCUUUCAGGAUAUCGUCGAGGCCAGUCCCCGGGUAGUCGGCUCCCCCGGCGGAGAGAUUAUGCGACUUGAUCGCUACAUCAUCGCCUACCCUAUAGUGGGGCCUGACCUUGAGGACUUGGAUCCGCGGAAGUUCAGCUUAAGCGCUGUAACGUAUAUCAUUUAUAAGCUUACUAAGUUGAUGGCCACGAUGCAAGAGAUGAACCUCGUGCACACGGACAUUAAGGCGGAGAACUUUCUUGCUCGAGAUGACGGCGAACUGUUUGCUGCGGAUCUCUCUAUGUCAAUUAAGAUGGACCCUGCGACAUUGAUUCCCUGUCUUCAAGGGACUAUGCUGUACUUAGACCCGAACGGAGCCGAAUGUGCUUAUAGAAGAGGCUAUCAGUCACCAAGGGCCAAACGGGACGCUUAUGCUCUCGGUGUUACUUUCUAUAAGCUCAUCUGCCACGACGGCCCUUUUCAUCUUGGACGACUCGAAAAAGAAGCAAUGGAACAGACCAAAACAUGUCCGGGAAACAACCCAUUGCUGCUAAUGCUCUCUGGCAUAUCCAGAUUUACAAGGAAGGACUGGGUCGAACGGAAAUGCCCCUUAGCCGAUACCAGUCUCCUGACAAUCGUGAAGCUACUCUUAGACCCUCGGGAGGAUCGACGGUGGACACCGCUUGAUCUUGUGAGAAAAACUGCGUUUUUUGAUCAAGCGCCGGGAAUUUAG